UUCUGAUCUUUUGUAUUUUGGCAGGUAGACAUAUUCAUGGUGUAGCAAAAACCCUCAAUUCGGAAGAUAUAGUAUGGCAGAGGGUACAACAGUUAAUUGUGAACCUUGUGGAUAUGAUGGUUUAUCAAAGUCUGCCCAUUUAUGGUGUAAUGACUGUGAAGAGGGCUUCUGUGACGAAUGUGUCAAAGAUCAUAAAAGGACAAAAAUACUACGAUGCCACCACUUGAUAUCAAUUACUGACUACUUGAAAAGUGCCGAGUUGUUUUUCGAUGAAAACUGUGAGCAUCACAAAGAGCCAUUUGAAUUUUUCUGUUCACAACAUGACUCAAUACUUUGCCUAAACUGUUUUCAAGAGCAUCAUAGUAAAUGCAAAAUAUCUAAGCUGUCCGAAGUUGCAAAAGGAUCUAAAACUUCUACUGCACUAACAGAUCUUGAAAACGAGAUUCAAAGCACAAGUCAAAACUUCGCUGAAUAUAACGAGGAUGAAGACAAAUCUAAUACUGAUUUGAAACAACAAGAACAAAAUAUCCGAGAUGAAGUUUAUAAUAUUCGUCGGAAAAUAAACAAUCACUUGGACCAAUUACAGGAAAAUAUCCUAAGAGAUCUUGAGAUGAAAUAUAACAAUUGCACUAAAAAUGUGAACGAGUAUUUUUCUGCUUUUAAGGUCAAAAGAGACGACAUAAAAGCGCUACACAAUCGUAUUUCUAACAUGAAGAUGUAUGCCUCUGAGAAACAAGUCUUCAUUGGAAUACGACAAAUAGGAAAUAUACUUUAUAAACAAAAACAAGAAGUUGGAACCAACUCAUUGAAACAAACAAAGUUGAGUUUAGAAUUAAAGACGAAUGAUGAUGAAAAGUCUUUACUUUUAGACCUCAAAUCCUUCGGUGAUGUUGUCGUCCGAAAAAGUUCUGAAACUGUUACGUUCAUAGACCCUUCAAAGAAACAAGCACAACUCAACGUUCAGAAACAUGACUCAAUCGAUAAGAUUAAUCUGCAGCUUCACCAUUCAUUAAAUAUAAACAAUUAUUUGAGUAAGACAAUGUCAUUGACUGCUUGUGCUUUUCUUUCUUCGAAGAAGGUUGUGCUUGUAGACAAUGAAAAUCGAAGACUUAUAGUUCACAAUGAAGACGGGAGUUUCAGCGUUGACUUUAAACUCGAAGACGUAUUUGAUCUUACGCCUGUUGGUAGAAGUAAGAUAGCUGUUGGUGUCACGAAAGGGGUUAUGAUAGUGGAUAUCGAUACCAAAGAGGUCAAAAGGACUAAUACUGACUCUGGCAAAGCUAAAUGGGGAAUAUGCUAUGGAAAUGGAAAACUAUACAUCGUAAGUUAUGGCGAAAUAAGGAUUGUUGAUUUGGAUGGAACGGUUUCAAAAUGUAUUCCUUUACAAAUUAGCGUGGUAUUUAACGUAGCAGUACGCAAUGAUAAUAUUUAUUAUAUUAACACUGACACAGAAACUCUCCAUGUUAUUGACCACUCUGGUAAUAAAUUAUGGACAUUUCAUGACAUUCGUUUGAAAAGACCCACAUGUUUUCGGAGUCAGUUUUCUAUUUCUUUAGAUAUAGAUAACCAUGGUAACGUGUUUAUUGUACUACCAGACUAUGAUCAGGUUAUAGUAGUAUCUAGCGACGGACAACAACAUCGUGUUAUUCUGGACAAAUCAAACAAUCUUAAAGGUCCAAGCGGUAUUUCAUAUUGCCAAGAAACUCAUCAGCUGUUAGUUUGUAACGUAAGCGAUGGAGGAGCGUCUAUUUACGACAUCAAAUCAUAAAAUAAAAUUUACAGUGAGUACAGUACUAGUA